ACAAAGAAACAAUCCUAUUUGUUCUGGGAUGGCGCAGAACUUCUUGCGCAUAAUAAAACGAAUUAGAACUAGAGCAGUCGUUGAUCGGAUCAUAUAUUCCGUCGUUUCCGAAAACCCCUCAAUCAAUCAUGUGUCAAUGUGACAUAUUAGUGCCAUCUGUCAUCUUUUCUUGGUUGGGUAUUUUUUCUUGUAGGUAGAUAAGAGAAAAAAUUAUAAAUAAUGUCUGGAGACCACGCAGACCCGCCAGAGGCAGCAAAACUAACCGGACUUGCCAAGCAUUUUAACAGCAUCACUCUCCGAGGACGUGCUAAUGUCGCGAUGGCCACAUACGCUGUUGGAGCACUCAUCGGAAUCUACCUUUACGUUAAACCAUCCAAGAAGAAGUAAAACUUUUUUAGUGCUGUGUUAUCCUUAGAAAAUGUUAGGUUUAGGCUUAAAUAUAUCAAUGAAGAAAAUUGUUCCAAAAAUAAAAUUAUAAUAUCCUAAACUUAAGACAUAAGUCUUUAUUUGUUCCUAUUAUAAGACAUACCUAAGGGACAUACCAAAUAACCAUUGGUGAAUGGUGAUGUG